GGGAAGAGGUUAGCAGUUAGCCACUGUCCGGGGUCAGACAAAUCGAUUUAAAGUGUUGUCGUCGGACUUUUUUUGGAGUUUUAUUCAAGUCAAUAUGGGAUACUUAAAGCAGAUAGACGUGGAAAAUUUCAAGUCAUGGAAAGGAAAGCAGACAAUAGGUCCGUUUAAGAGGUUUUCUUGCAUCAUUGGGACUAAUGGUUCAGGUAAGUCGAAUGUGAUGGAUGCUCUGGGGUUUGUGAUGGGAGAGAGAGCCUCCAGUCUGCGCGUGAAGCAAACCAAAGACCUGAUUUAUGGCGCCCACGUAAAUAAGCCGGUCUCGCGCACCGCCUCGGUCACCAUGCGCUAUUGCAGUGAUAACGAUGAAGAAACGAUCUUCAGCAGAACUAUAUCAGGUGAGUCCUCGGAGUACCGGGUCAACGGCAGGCAGGUGACACCGAGCAGGUACACAGCAGAGCUGGAGAAGAUAGGAGUCGUGGUCAAAGCCAGGAACUGCUUAGUGUUUCAGGGUACAGUGGAGUCUAUUGCUAUGAUGAAUGCAAAAGAACGCACAAAGUUGUUUGAACGCAUCAGUAACUCCAUCGAGUUGGCAAACGAGUACGAUGCCAAGCUGGCAGCACUUCAUAAUGCGAAAGAGGACACUUGGUUCCAUUUUAAUCGCAAACGGGCAGCCGCUGCAGAGAAGAAGCAGGUGUUCAAGGACAAAACGGAGGCAGAGAAAUAUCAGGCACUGCUGGAGCAGCUCAAUGAAAGCAAGCUGCAGCUCAGCCUUUUCCAGCUUUAUCACAAUGAGAGGGGUAUUAAUGCCCUCGUGGAGACCCUGAGAGAGAAACAGGAGGCUGUCACCGUCAAAAAGAGUGUAGUGGAGGAAUGGGAGCAAACUGUGAAGGCUCAGAAGAAAGAGCAUGGACGUCUGAGCCGAGAACUGCAGAAACUAGAGAAGGAGAUCAAGUCCCAGGAAGAGACCCUCAACCAUCAGAGGCCUCAGUAUAUCAAAGCCAAAGUGAACACCAGUCACCACCAGCGCAAGGUCGAGGAAGUGCACACCAGCCUCCUAAAGACCCAGAGGCAGCAGGCCAAGAAGGAGCAGGAGCUGCAGGAACUAAAGACAGAGCUGGCUGAGCUGGAGAAGGCCUGGAGAGUUUUUGAGGCAGAGAUAGCGGAGAGGGCAGCUCAGAGGGGUGAAGACGUGCAGCUUGAGGAAGCUCAGCUGGAGCGUUAUAAGGAACUGAAGGAACUGGCCAGGAAAAAAGGGGCUGUCUUAUUACAGAAAGCUGAGAAACUCCACCGGGAGGUGAAGGCUGAUCGGGAAAAGCUGGAGUUUGACAAAAGGCGAGAAAGUGAAGUCGAGAUAAACAUUAAGCAUGCUGAAGAACAUCUGGACGAGUUAAACAGGAGGGCAGGGAAACUGGAGGAAUAUUCCAUCACCUCUAACAAAGCUCUGGACGAGCAGCGGGAACGGGAGAGGUGCUUGCGGCAGAUGUUAGAGCGCGGACGAGUGCGGAUGCUGGAAUUGAACGAAGAACUGGGAGUGGUGGGGCAGGAACUUCAGAGUGCUCGCAUGGAUAGCCAGGAGAAUCGGAGACAGCAGAGACGAGACGAGAUCUUUCAGAGCCUGUGCAGACUCUACCCAGAUGUUGUGUAUGGACGCUUAAUGGACUUGUGUCAGCCCAUCCACAAGAAAUACCAGCUCGCUGUCACAAAGGUGUUUGGCCAUUACAUGAAUGCCAUCGUGGUGUCUUCUGCAAAAGUGGCCCGUGACUGCAUUCAGAUUAUAAAAGAGGAGAGAGCUGAGCGAGAGACCUUCCUCCCUAUUGACAACCUGGAUGUUAAGCCGCUAAAUGAGCGUCUCAGGGAGGUCCGUGGUGCCAAGAUGGUGGUGGAUGUGGUGCAGUGUUCCCAGAAGGCUCCUCAGUUGAAGAGGGUGGUGCAGUUUGUGUGUGGAAAUUCCCUCGUGUGUGAGAAUCUGAAAGAUGCCCGCCGUGUUGCUUUUGAUGGCCCAGAACGCCUUAAGACAGUGUCUUUGGAUGGUACUUUAUUCUCCAAGUCAGGGGUGAUCUCUGGUGGCUCUGUUCACCUGCGCCAUAAAGCUCGACGCUGGGAGGAGAAGGACAUGAAUGGCCUGAAAGAGCGGAAGGAGCAGCUUAGUGCAGAGCUGAGGGAACUAAUAAAACUGAAACGCAAGGAGGCUGAGCUACAUCAGAUCACAGCCCAGGCCCAGGGAAUCCAGACUCGCCUCAAAUACUCCAACUCUGAGCUGGGGUCCGUCCGCAAAAAAAACAUCCCAGCCUGCCAGUCUGAAAUCUCCAGACUGCAGAGUGAGCUCUCAAAUUUGAAGUCUCAGAUCGAGAUGCAGACCAAUAAUUUGAAAGUGAAUGACAGUAGGGUGUCAGCCCUCCAGGAUGAACUCAACCAUAUGGAGGACACCGUGUUCUCAGACUUCUGCGCUGAGAUUGGAGUAGCCAACAUUCGUGAGUACGAGCAGGAUUACUUGAGACAGCAAGGAGAGAUCGAGAAUAAGCGGCUGCAGUUUGAGUCCCAGCGCACCCGUCUGAACACACAGUUGGAGUAUGAGCAGGAGCAGCUGUACAAGCAGCACAGGCUGAUCAGCAAAAUGGAGGACUCCAUCAAGAAAGAGGAAGAAGUCAUCCUAAUGUUAAAAGAGGAUGAAAAGAAGCUGCUUGCUGCAGUAGAUGAGUCUCAGGUGAAGCUCCAAGACUUAAAGAAUAAGCAGGCGGAGCAAAAGUCUUACGUUAAUAAAGCGAAGGCUGAUCUGGAUAAGAGAAUCAGUGGCCUUCAAGAGAACUCCAGGGAUCUGGUAAAGCAGCAGAAGGAGAUGAUCUCUGUGGAAACUGCAUUGGAGCAUCAGAGACUUUGCAAACACAACCUGCUGCUGGGCUGCAAAAUUGAGGGCCUGCCUCUCACCGUCCUCUCGGGAACACUGGACGACAUCAGUGACAUCCAGCUGGACUCUGAUUCUGUAAGCAUCACCACACAAGACAUUUAUGAGCGAGAAGAACAGAUUCUGAUUGAUUAUAGACCUCUGGGAGAUCAUCUGAAGAGUCUGACUGAGGAGCAGGAGGUGAUGACCCAGCUGGAGGUGCUGAGAGAGAAAGUGUCAUCUCUGGAGAGAAUGAUCCAUAUGUCCAAACCACCCAACAUGAAGGCCUUGGAGAAGAUGAUUGAAGUGAAGGACACAUUUCGUGGUGUGGCUGAUGCAUUCGAGGCGAGCGCAAGUGUAUCUAAGAAAUGCUAUCAGGAGUUUGAGCAAGUGAAGUCCAUGCGCUUCCAUCGCUUCAGCCAGUGCUUCGAACACGUUUCUGUCAGCAUCAACCAUAUCUACCAAGACCUCUGCAGGAACAACAGUGCUCAAGCAACUCUGAGUGCAGAAAAUCCCGAUGAGCCUUACCUGGGUGGUAUCAGUUAUAACUGUGUGGCUCCUGGCAAGAGAUUUAUGUCCAUGGACAACCUGUCAGGAGGAGAGAAAUCCAUUGCAGCGCUCGCUCUGGUGUUUGCUAUUCACAGCUUCCGUCCUGCUCCGUUCUUUGUACUGGACGAGGUGGAUGCUGCUUUGGAUAACACGAACAUCGGAAAGGUGACAAGCUUCAUUAGGGAACAAUCAAGAAAUAACUUUCAGGUCAUUGUCAUCUCACUGAAGGAGGAGUUCUAUUCACGGUCAGAUGCUCUGCUGGGGGUCUACUCUGAGUUCGAUGACUGCAUGUCCAGCCACCUCCUGUCACUGGAUCUCACUCCGUACCCCAUCAACGACGAGAACGGCAAUGAGAGAGAGAUGGGCAUGAUGUGAAGGAGCAACGAAAGAAAAUGAGCGAAGAAAACUGAAUUUCUGUUAUUAGGUUUUCUUAAAAAUGGUACUGAAGAUUAAAAAAAAAAUUUGUAUUAAUUUUUGUUUUAAAUGGAAGGUUUUAUUCCUUACAUUAUUUCAUGAGCAUUUCAAGUUUCUGUAGUAUUUGCUGGCUGUUUUUAUAAGGAGUGAUUGUUGUUAAUCAAAGAAAGCUUGUUUCCGUUAGGAAGAUGUUCGGUAUUUAAUCGAGGUUCACGUGUUUUAAUGAAGGGGUUCAUUUUAAAUAAAUCAUUUUGAACUUUUUUUCCUCAUAUAUUAUUAUUCACAGUAUUUUGAUCAGGGUGCACAUGGCCUCUUGGAAUCUCAUUAGUGUUGAUGUUUCACCAUCCUGACUUCUCACUCUGUCACUAAAUCUCUUCCCUUCAUAAUCAUCCCCCUUCUAUGACGCACAGUUCUGCGAUGGGGAUAAGGACGCGAACGGUCUGCUCAUACUUCAUGUCUUUUAUUUAACAUUCGGAAGAUUGUUGUCUUGGACCAUUUUCUUCUUCAAGUGUGUUUACACCGGUGCUUUUCAUGGCGUCGUAUACAGUCGUGAUUGUCCCUCUGCGGAGCAACAUCGACAGUCGGGAUGGCCUGAGGUUCUUCCUCUGGGUGAGUUCUUUGGGUUUUUAUGGUGCUUUAAUGUGUAAUGUAGUCACGCAAUAUCUACCAUAUUAUUCUUUGUGAAUUAUUGUCUUGUAGAACAACAUGAAAUUAAAUAUGGAGAGACAGAAAGAGCCACAAUGCUAAUGAUACUAAUAGUAAUGUGCAGUGAUAUUAAGUCCUUAUUUGUUUUAUUGUGUAUUUAUAGUACUUUGUGAUAUCUCUGUAUGUGCUGUCAUUUAACGUCCUCUGAUCCAUACUGCUCCAUGGUGUCAGCUGUCGCAAAAUUUCCAGCCAGCCUCUAGAUCAACGCCGCUAGUUCACAACUGUAUAACAAAGUUAUUUAAAGACAGAAACUAUUUCCACUCAGCUCAUCAGUCUAAGAUUAGUGUUAGCAGGAACCCCAGAACAAACUCCCUCAGACUUACUUAUUAAUUUCCAACACUAUUUUUUCAUCAUGCAAAUACUCAUGUGAGGUGUUUUUGAAUACUUUUAUUGUUUAUUCCAGGCUGUUAGGGAGCUGGAGUUUACCGUCUUACAGAAUUUUGUAAAAUAAUAUAAUAGGAAAAAGGUUUCUCACUUAAGAGCCUUCAUUUGUUCAUCUUGUGAUUUAUCAUGGUCAGGGUUGCGGUGGAUUCAGAGUCUAGUAUCACAGCAUCACUAGGUUUUGAAGCGUGUCUAAGAUUUUUUUUGCUCAUUUGACCACAAGUGUAUUAGUGAGGACAUGCGAGGAGGUCUGGGGUGCAGUCGGAGAUCCAAUUUAUUCCGAUGGUGUUCAUUGGUGAGGUCAGGGCUCUGUGAGUUCUAAUCCAACCUCAUUAAACCAUGUGUUCUUGGAGCUUGUUUUGUGCUGGAACAGGUUUGGGCCUCUGAGUUCCAGUGACGAGAAAUUGUAUUGCUACAGCAUACAAAGACAUACAGCUAUACACUUAUAGCACAUGGUGUAAUUGGUCAAAUGUCCACAUACCAUAAGUGAUAUAGUGCAGGGUUUUUCAACCUUUUAUGAGGCAUGGCACAUUUUUUACAUUUAACAUUUAACUUCUUCAGCAGUUUGAGCAACAGUAGCUUGUCUGUUGGAUCAGAUCACACGGGCCAGCCUUCGCUCCCCACGUGCAUCAGUGAGCCUUGACCGCCCAUGACCCUGUCUCCGGUUCACCACUGUUCCUUCCUUGGACCACUUUUGAUAGAUACUGACCACUGCAGCCCGGGAACACCCCACAAGAGCUGCAGUUUUGGAGAUGCUCUGAUCCAGUGGUCUAGCCAUCACACUUUGGCCCUUCAUCAAACUCACUCAAAUCCUUACCCUUGUCCAGUUUUCCUGCUUCUAACAUCAACUUUGAGGACAAAAUAUUCACUUACAGCCUAAUAUAUC